UACGGCACGAUGGUCGCGCAAGAAUGUGAGCCCGGAGUCGGCGGCCGCCAUUUUCUUUCUUUCUUAGCAGUUGCCUGAGAGGAGCUCCAUCCGCCGAGCGGGUCCGGCCGGGGCGACGAUCCAAUUCCUGUGUUUUUUGUAGGCAUGGCAGACUACUCCACGGUGCCGCCACCUUCCUCGGGUUCCGCCGGUGGCGGAGGCGGCGGCGGUGGCGGCGGCGGCGGAGGCGGAGGCGGCGUGAACGAUGCUUUCAAAGAUGCGCUGCAGAGAGCCCGGCAGAUUGCAGCAAAGAUUGGAGGUGAUGCUGGUACAUCGCUGAAUUCAAAUGACUAUGGUUAUGGGGGACAAAAAAGACCUUUGGAAGAUGGAGAUGGCUCUUGGACAAGUCCGAGCAGUACAACACACUGGGAGGGAAUGCCCUCUCCUUUUAAAGAUCAGCCAGAUGCUAAGAAAGUUGCUCCUCAAAAUGAUUCUUUUGGAACACAGUUACCACCGAUGCAUCAGCAACAAAGCAGGUCUGUAAUGACAGAAGAAUACAAAGUCCCAGAUGGAAUGGUUGGAUUUAUAAUUGGUAGAGGGGGUGAACAGAUCUCACGUAUACAGCAGGAAUCUGGAUGCAAAAUUCAGAUAGCUCCAGACAGUGGCGGCCUUCCAGAAAGGUCUUGUAUGUUAACUGGCACUCCAGAAUCUGUUCAAUCAGCAAAACGAUUAUUAGACCAGAUUGUUGAAAAAGGAAGACCAGCCCCUGGCUUCCAUCAUGGUGAUGGACCUGGAAAUGCAGUUCAAGAAAUCAUGAUUCCAGCUAGCAAAGCAGGAUUAGUUAUUGGAAAGGGAGGAGAGACUAUUAAACAACUUCAGGAAAGGGCUGGUGUUAAAAUGGUUAUGAUUCAAGAUGGACCGCAGAACACUGGUGCUGACAAACCUCUUAGGAUUACAGGAGAUCCAUACAAAGUUCAACAAGCCAAGGAAAUGGUGUUAGAGUUAAUUCGUGAUCAAGGUGGUUUCAGGGAAGUUCGAAAUGAGUAUGGAUCAAGAAUAGGAGGAAAUGAAGGGAUAGAUGUCCCCAUUCCAAGAUUUGCUGUUGGCAUUGUCAUAGGAAGAAAUGGAGAGAUGAUUAAAAAAAUACAAAAUGAUGCUGGUGUUCGAAUUCAGUUUAAGCCAGAUGAUGGAACAACACCUGAUAGAAUAGCACAAAUAACGGGACCUCCAGAUAGAUGUCAGCACGCUGCAGAAAUUAUUACAGAUCUUCUUCGAAGUGUUCAGGCUGGUAAUCCUGGUGGACCUGGACCUGGUGGCCGAGGAAGAGGUAGAGGUCAAGGCAAUUGGAACAUGGGACCACCUGGUGGACUACAGGAGUUUAAUUUCAUUGUACCAACUGGGAAAACUGGCUUAAUAAUAGGAAAAGGAGGUGAAACCAUAAAAAGUAUAAGUCAACAGUCUGGUGCAAGAAUAGAACUUCAGAGAAAUCCUCCACCUAAUGCAGAUCCUAAUAUGAAGUUAUUCACAAUUCGUGGGACUCCACAGCAAAUAGAUUAUGCUCGGCAACUCAUAGAAGAAAAGAUUGGUGGCCCAGUAAAUCCUUUAGGGCCACCUGUACCCCAUGGGCCCCACGGUGUCCCAGGCCCACAUGGGCCUCCUGGGCCACCAGGCCCUGGAACUCCAAUGGGACCAUACAACCCUGCACCUUAUAAUCCAGGACCACCGGGUCCUGCUCCACAUGGUCCUCCAGCCCCAUAUGCCCCCCAAGGGUGGGGAAAUGCAUAUCCACAUUGGCAGCAACAAGCUCCUCCUGAUCCAGCUAAGGCAGGAACAGAUCCAAAUUCAGCAGCAUGGGCUGCAUAUUAUGCUCACUAUUAUCAGCAGCAAGCACAGCCACCACCCGCAGCUCCUGCUGGUGCACCAGCUGCAGCCCAAACUAAUGGACAAGGUGAUCAGCAGAAUCCAGCUCCAGCUGGACAGGUUGAUUAUACCAAGGCUUGGGAAGAGUACUAUAAGAAAAUGGGUCAAGCAGUUCCUGCUCCUGCCGGGGCUCCUCCAGGUGGGCAACCAGAUUAUAGUGCAGCCUGGGCUGAGUACUAUAGACAACAAGCUGCUUACUAUGCCCAGACGAGUCCCCAGGGAAUGCCACAACAUCCUCCAGCACCUCAGGGAUUUGCAAAUCAUGCAAGAAGCCACCACCAUUUAUAUUAACCAGUUUUUCUUUCUUAAAGGAUUCACUCCUGAGUUAGCUCCAUUUAAAGGAUUUUCUUUAACUUUUUGUGUAUUUCUUAUGUAUCUCUUCUGCACAGGGCCAAUAAUAAGAAGUGGACAAUACAGUAUU